AUGAGUGAUAUGAAUAGCAGUAACUCAUCGGGUUCGUUGCAAGGAUCCACCGGAGGAGGAGUAGAAGCAAAUUCUACUCCAACCAACAAGUCCUCACCCACAACCAAUAAUAAUACCACAUCAUCAUCAUCAAAUAUGUCCGAUAAAGUUAAAGUAAAAGUGGUGGACGUAAUUUAUGAAGUACAAACACGAAAGAUGUUCGGUGAAUUUACUAUUCCUUCCGAAGGUAAUUGGAGAAGCUCAAAUUCAAGUCCCCUGUCUAAAGAUGCUAUUGAAAAGAAGGCUCUUAAUGACGGUUGGAAGUAUUUAACAAAAGACUGGAUUAAUGAAGGAGAAGAUUCAUGGGAAUAUGCGAAUGAAUGGCAUGAUGACCAAAAACAUUGGUCUCAUGCUUUUGGCCCUUUUGAUUUUGUGAGAAGAAAAAAGUGGACCAAAGCACGAGUUAAGCACGUAGAACAAUCUGAGGCAGAAAAAUUAGUGAAAGAACAUGGAGAAUUAUCGUCAAUUAUUGAAAAGGACGAAACCUCAAAAAUAAUUUAUCAGGAGUUUAACGAAUUGAAACAGAAAUUGGAGCAAAAUUGUUCCACCGUGACGCAACAAACACAAAAACCAAACAUUUUAUUGUUGGGAGGAAGCGGAAGUGGUAAAAGCUCUCUUGUGAAUGCAGUGUUUGGAAAAAGCUUGGCGGAAAUUGGUGAAGGUAAACCAAUCACACAACGGUAUACUAAAUAUACUGGUGAGCACAGUCCUGUAGUCAUUUACGACAGCAGAGGUAUUGAACAUGGCUACAUUCAAGAUGGGUUUGUUGCCGAUACAAGACGAUUUUUCAAGAAAAUUAGACAAGAAGAAAGCUUGGCAAAACAUGUUCAUGUGGUGUGGUAUGUCAUUGACUUGACACAGGCAAGAUUCCAACCUUUUGAGGCAGAAUUCUGUAAAGAAGAGCUGAAAGGAAUUCCAAUUAUUUUUGUUUUAAACAAAGCAGAUGCUGUCAAGGAUAACGUCCGAGAUAUCAUGAUUGAAACGAUUGCUAACUUCAAUUUACCAAACUGUAUCGGAAUUUACCCAACAGUUGCUUGCUGCAAAAAUUUUGAUGCUAAAGAGUGUCCUAGCUGUAAUUCUCCAAAGAUUAGAAAGAGACUUAAGGCUGGUACAUGUACAAUCAUGUGCAAAGAAUGCAAUUAUACCGUCACGCUCGAAAAAACAAUGGGUAUCGAGCAGUUAUCGCGGUCAACCAUGACAGUUUUGCCAGAUCUUGUUAAGAGCGUUUUUGUCAAUGCACAACAAUCUUCGACCUUAGGAAAAGAGGUGGCAGCAAAGAACAUUAUUUUGGAACACUGUAAGGACGUAUCAUUGACAAAAUUUGAAAAGGCCAAGUCUCGACUUGUUGCUUUAAUUGCUAAACUUGUGACACACUAUCAAGUAGACUCAUUACAUUCUCUCAUUCACAAGAAAAUGGUUAGCAGAUUUGAGAAAUUCUACAGAGAGCAAGGUUUCAAUAAGAGAUUUGGUUUAUUUAUGAAUGAUUUCUUCAGCAGUAAGCGCGAGACACACGCUGAAGUGUUCUUACUCGCUGCAGGAGUUGAGAUUUGCCAAGUAAUUAUCAAAUUCAAACAGGCAGCCAUUGCAAAUGCACUCAAGAAUUUUGAAACUCAAGUCUCACAAGAAAUUGAAAAAGAAAAACAAGCAGGAGUCAUGCCAAUGCAAAAUAAUGUGACUGUUGUGACCGAUCCUAAAAAGACAGCCUCCUAUGCAUCGAUCCACGAUUUGGAAGAAGAGGAAGAAGAGACAGACCUUGCUCUCGACAAGCUCAUUGCCAAUAUUCAUUUCACUUUGGAUAGUAACAUUGUCGAUUUAGUGUCUGAUGAAUUGAGAAAAGUGAAAAGUCCACAACGAUAUCUAGAAUUACUCAAAUUCGAUGGCAACUGCCAAUUCAAAUUACCAGAGAAGAAAAUGGAAGUUGUGCAAGAGGAAGAAUUACACAUUCCACUCUACGUUUAUCAAAAAGCUAAAGAUGAUGUUGCCACUUCAACAACAGAAACAAACAACUCUUCGACCACUUCACAACAACCUCAACCUACCCAACCCACCCCUUCCUCUUCAUCAUCCUCAACCACUGAAACUCCAGCCAAUAAAUAG